GCGACCUACACCAAACUUUCGUCGAUUCAUUUGGCUUCUACUGCAGGUCACCAUGAGAUUGCUAAGCUACUCUUGGAGAAAGGUGCAGACGUUGCGGCUCUUACUGAUCGAGGAUGGACACCACUCCAUACAGCAUCGCGCCUAGGUCAGCUCAAGAUAGUCCAGCUACUCCUGGAUAACGGGGCUGAUCCAACAGCUAUGAAUGCUGACAGGUGGACGCCAAUCUACUUAGCAUCACUUCACGGACGGGUUGAAUUGCUUCAGUUACUCCUCGAUGAGGGGACUGACGCGAAUCUGACAGACUCCCGUGGGUGGACACCAUUACAUGUUGCAGCUUUGAGCGGGCAUACCGAAGUCGCAGGAUUGCUUCUCCAGGACCCCAGAUGCAAGACUGAUGUAAAAGACAAUAUUGGACGGACACCCCUUUUCUACGCUUCAGCAAGCGGACAUUACGCAAUGACCAAGUGGCUGGUCAAUCAAAAUCCACAAGACGUUCACAUUGCGGAUUGGUAUGCUUCGACCCCAUUGUCUGCAGCAUGCCGCAACGGCCAUGAAGAAAUCGUCAAACUUUUGCUCGUCCUCGAUAAAAACUCAAUAAAAGUCGGGACAUACUUGAUAGGAGCAUCAUGUGGUGGGCGAGGAAGAGUGGACGCGCACAAAUCAUCCGCUUAG